AUGGCUCCAGCUUUUAGUAUAGAAGACCAAUUGCAGCAGUUUGAGAGUCAGAGGUAUCCGUCUGUGGAAGAAACUACUAAGAAUAACCGAUCUAUAAUUUAUACACGCAAGAAGCUCUUCUUUGAUGAUCUCAAGCAUUUAAUUAAAGUCCUCGGAUACUUAUUGAUUGUUAUUGCAUAUCUUAAGGACAACUCUUCUGUACUUCUAAUACUACGGUUUUUUAAUCAAUACUGUUUGUCAAAUCCAUUUAUUACGGCCGGCUUGCUAACAGAAGAAAGAAAGAGGGCGAUGACGAGACAUUUACUUAUUCUGAUAUUCAUAAUUAACGCCAUAUGUUUUGCAAUUCACAUAUUACGCAGAGGAUCCUACUCUGGAGGUAGAGAUACGUUACAUGGCGGGCUUUCUGUCCAGUUUAUAGGAGAACUGCCGUCAUUUUUUCUUCUAGUCGUAAUUAACGUCGCGAUACUUUUGGCUCAACUACUCUAUCAUAACGUUAUGUGCGUGGUAGAUAUGCCUGAGCUUCUCAAAUCCCCAGACACUAGCUCGUAUGGAUAUGAAACCGAUAAAAUAAUACUACAGGAAGAUGGAUAUAGUGGAGACGUAAAUUUAGUCACGAUGGAUUUGCUUGGUGAUAUUAAAAAAGUUUGGAAUUAUGGUGAAAGGCUUGAUUAUAAUCAAUUAUCUUCUAAUCCAUUUGUUGACUCAUCGAGAAGUAUAAACCAUGAUGCCACGGAGAGUUAA